CAGACUCUGUUUGAAAUAAUCGGCAUUAAAUUAUUGCUUACAUUUUUCUUGAACGCACCCUGGUAAAGUGUCCCUUACUAAUGUAUUCGGUAGGAAAAAAACGAAUCUCUCAAAAGUUCCGGCUCAACUUUAUUGUAGUAACCACAACGACAGCGCAAACUGUCAUCACAACCUAUUUAUAUAUUUUUAAAUAGAUUGUAAAUACAAAUUUAACAAGUCUUUUUGAGUUAUUUGGACGGCAACUUGACAUUAAAGUAGUAAAAGUUGGCUGAAGCGGUUCUGCGCUGCAGAGUAUCGGCUCCACCCUCCUCCACCCUCGCCUGUUUCAGCUGUUCUUGUCAGAUAACUCAACACUACCUAUACAUGGUGGUCAGGCGGGCAACAGUUCCGAACGAUAACUAAAGAGGACAGAAAGCUGCAAUGGACUCCAGUGGGUCUCCAAUGCACACACCUUUAAGAGGGUCCCCAAUGACUGGGUCCGCAUUGCACACACCUUUAAGAGGGUCCCCAAUAACAAUGUCACCACUGGCAAGGGCUUCAAGAGGGUCCCCAGUAAUAGGGGCCCCUACUGGGUCUCCACUGACAGGUGUAGUUGGAGGAUCCCCAAUGAUGGGAGGAGGGAUAUGUUGGACUCCUAUGUCAGGGAUUCCAUGUGCGCCCCCAAUGUCAGAGUCCUCUUGUUGGUCCCCAAUGCCAGCAGCUGCAACUGGGCCCCCGAUGCCAGAGGCUGCAGCUGGGGCUUCUCAUUUUGCCACUAAAGUGGAGCUGACGAUCUCGUGUGAGAACCUGAUGGACAUGGAUGUAUUCUCCAAGUCAGACCCUCUAUGUGCCGUCUACAUCAACCCUUCGGGCUCCCACUGGUAUGAGUUUGGUCGCACAGAGAUGAUCCUGAACAACCUGAAUCCAAAAUUUGCUAAGAAGUUCGUUUUGGAUUACUACUUUGAGAUGGUGCAGAGGCUGAAGUUUUGUGUGUUUGAUAUUGACAACAACACUUAUGACCUCAGUGAUGAUGACUUUCUUGGUGAGCUGGAAUGCACCCUUGGCCAGAUUGUCUCCAACAAGCAGAUGACUCGACCUUUGUUGCUGGAGGACAAGAGGCCUGCAGGUCACGGGACCAUCACAAUCCGUGCUGAGGAAAUAACUGACACCAGAGUGGCAAACUUUGAGGUGUCAGCACGUAGGCUGGACAAAAAGUAUCUGUGGUGGUCUGACCCUUUCCUGGAGUUCUACAGGCAGAUAGAAACUGGAUGGUGUUUGGCUCACAGGACAGAGGUGGUUAAAAAUAACCGUAACCCCAUAUGGAAACCUUUCCGUGUCUCACUGAGAGCUCUCUGUGGAGGAGACGUGGAGAAACCUGUGAAGGUUGACUGUUAUGACUAUCGAGAAAAUGGCUCUCAUGCCCUCAUCGGCACUUUUCAAACCACGCUGGCACAGAUGCAGACAGGAACACACAUCUCCCCGACGGAACUAGAGUGCAUUAAUAAAAAGAAGUUAAAGAACAAAAACUAUAAAAACUCUGGAGUCAUCUGCAUCAAACGCUGUGAGGUGGUGAAGGAGUUCACCUUCUUGGAUUAUAUCAUGGGAGGAUGUCAGAUCAACUUCACUAUUGCUAUUGACUUCACUGGCUCUAACGGGGAUCCUAGAUCUCCUCAGUCCUUGCACUACAUUAACCCUGAAGGUUAUAAUGAAUACCUGACAGCUAUCUGGGCAGUGGGCAAUGUCAUCCAAGACUAUGACAGCAACAAAAUGUUUCCUGUCUUUGGUUUUGGAGCCCAGAUCCCAAACACCUGGACGGUUUCUCACGAGUUUCCCAUCAAUUUUAAUCCAGCAAAUCCAUUCUGUGCAGGCAUAGAGGGUGUAGUGGAGGCCUACCAGAAGUGUUUACCGCAGUUGAAGCUCUGGGGUCCCACAAACUUUUCUCCAAUCAUCAACCAUGUAGCAUGCUUUGCCAGGCAGGCCCUCCGGCAGAAUAAGGCCUUGCAAUACUAUGUCCUGCUCAUCAUCACUGAUGGAGUGAUCACAGACAUGGACCUGACUCGCACCGCUAUCGUUGAGGCGUCUCGUCUGCCCAUGUCCAUCAUCAUUGUCGGGGUGGGUGGCGCUGACUUCAGCGCCAUGGAAUUCCUUGACAGCGAUGACAAGCUGCUGCAAGCUCCUAACGGUGAUGUUGCCUCAAGAGAUAUUGUCCAGUUUGUGCCCUUCAGAACGUUCCAGCUGGUGUCCACCACAUAUGAUACUCACAGGAAACAGCGUUGCUCUCGCACAGAGCGUCCUGGCUGAACUUCCUGAUCAAGUUUCCUCCUUCUUUAAUUCUUACAACCUGAAACCCCCAAAUGUUUUCAGUACUCCUGACCCUUCCUAAAUUAUGGGUUAUUUAAACUGAAAUACUCCACAUUUCCUUUUUUUUUCCAGUUCUUUUAAUUUCUGUCAUGGAAAGAAACAAACGUGGUGACAAUAAUCACUUAAUGGCACUGAUGUUAAUUUAAAACUCUUCAUUUAAAUAUUGAUAAUAUUUUAAUUUACAUAUAAUUAUGGGUCCUUAAAGGAUAAUAAAUGAAGGUUAAAACCAGGCUUUUAAGUGUUUAGUAAAAUUUACCAAAAUGUAUUUAUAUACAGAUUUACAUGCAAAAGACUAAAUGUUUUAACCCAGAUGAAAAUUUGAACAAAAGUGAUUAAAAUGAAUGUAUGCCAGGGAAGCUGGCACAGCUAGCUAACUGGGCUUAUUUUCUUGGCAUGUAACCACAUUCAUACCACAAGUCCUAUUUGGAGGAUUUGUCUUCUUCUUGAUAAAUAGGGGCGUUUCGUCUUUGUUGUUUUACUUUUGCCAGAGCACAACAUGACUAGCGCUGUGCUUCUGUUUGAGUGAAGAUUGACACUCUUUGACCUAUAAACUCGUGCACAGUCGUGACGAUGGGAUAGAGGGAUUGGGGAUAACAGUUGGAGUGUUGCCAGUCUGUUUGUCAAGACAGGGCAAUAUUUUUGUUGCAUGUUCUCACAUCCAGCCAUUGCAGAAGAGUGUUAUGAUCCAGCCAUAACUCUCUCGUACUUUGAACAAUAUGUUAAACCCCUGUCACACAAGUAAGUCAUUUGGUAAGUGCACAACUGCAUAUUUCUGAAUAAACAACAGUAUUAAGCAGCACUUUGGAGCUGUCUCCUACCUUUAAGUUAUGGUUUCAGUCCACACUGGUGUUGCAUUGCAGCAAUCAAAACUCAGUAAUUAACUGUGAUUGUAAAAAAAAAAAUGCCUAGUUGACUGCCGUAAGGGUUUUAUAUUUGUUUAUGCUUACACUAGCUACAAAGUAACCUUUGAAUUUUUAAGUUAUUUAAAUGUAAGUUAAACUUGGUGUGAUAGCUUGUAAAAUGCAUGAAGACACUAAACUGGUCAAAUUAAGAAUAUAUUUGACAAUAUGCUAUAUGCACUAUAAAUGGAAAUUGCUCCAUUAAAGUGGUUAUUUCUUGUAUAUAACAUUGUUGUAUGAAUGUUUGUCAGUAUUUUCUGUGUACCUAUAUGUCCUGUGAUUUUAUACAAUCUCUAAAUAACAACUUUAACUUCAACAGAUUGUAUUUCUUAAUAAAUCUUUUCAAAAAGCAGGGGACAAAAGUACAAAGUUUUUGUCCUGAUACUGCAUGUUUCUUGAGCUGUUGACCUGACUGCAUUAAA